AUGGUGCACAAGGUUGCAGUGAUCGGGGCUGGCCCCUCCGGUCUGACCAGCAUAAAGGCAUGCCUGGACGAGGGGAUGGUGCCCACGUGUUUUGAAAGCAGUGAUGAUAUGGGUGGGCUGUGGAAAUUCAAGGAAGUGUCAGAGCCCAACCGAGCCAGUAUAUACCGCUCCCUCACCAUCAACAUUUCCAAGGAGAUGAUGUGCUACAGUGACUUCCCCAUUCCUGCCGAUUACCCCAAUUAUAUGCACCACUCCAAAAUCCUGAACUACUUCCGGAUGUAUGCAGACCACUUCAAGCUGCUGCAGCACAUUCGCUUCCAGACCACAGUGAAGAGUGUGAAACCGAGGCCAGAUUAUUCUCGCACUGGUCAAUGGGAGGUGGUGACUGAGAACAGGGAUGGACAGGAGGAGAGGCACGUCUUCGAUGCAGUUAUCUGCUGCGCUGGUCACUACACCUACCCUCACCUGCCACUCAAAGACUUCCCAGGGAUCGACAAAUUUGAAGGGAAAUACUUCCACAGCUGGGACUACAAGGGGCCUGAGGACAUGUACGGGAAAAGAGUGGUGGUCAUCGGCAUCGGUAACUCUGGGGGUGACAUUGCUGUGGAGAGCAGCAGAGUUGCAGAGCAGGUGUACGUAAGCACCCGUCGCGGUGCUUGGGUCAUCCGUCAGGUCUCUGACAACGGCCUGCCAGUGGACAUGAAGUACAACACUCGUUUUGUCCACAUCCUUUUCCAGCUGCUGCCGAUGAACUUUUUCAAUUGGUUUGGUGAGAAAAAACUCAACACCAUGUAUGACCACACCAUGUAUGCACUCAAGCCCAAACACAGGCUGUUCAGUCAGAUCCCAGUGAUCAACGAUGACCUGCCUAUGAAGAUCCUGUCUGGGUCUGUCAUUGUCAAACCAAAUGUGAAGGAGAUCUGUGGUUCCACUGUGGUGUUUGAGGAUGGCAGUGUUGUGGAAAAGGUGGAUACAAUUGUGUUUGCCACAGGAUACAACUACGAUUUCCCCUUCCUGCCGAGCAAUCUCAUGUACAAAUCUGGCCACCGUGUGGGUCUGUACAAGCAUGUGUUCCCCCCUAACCUGGAGCACCCCACUCUGGCUGUUGUGGGUUUCAUCCAUGCCCUCGGAGCUAUUAUGCCUCAGGCUGAAUUGCAGGCCCGUUGGGUGACACGCGUCUUCAAAGGACACAAUAAACUGCCUUCAAACCAGGCCAUGAUAAAGGCUGUUGAGAAGGACACUACAGACAUGGCCAAAAACUACAUCGUGUCCAAGCUGACACCGCUGCAGGUGGACUUUGUCUCGUACAUGGACAAUUUAGCUGGAGAGAUUGGAGUGCGGCCAAGUCUACCCUGGCUCUUCUUCACAGACUACCCGCUGUUCAAAAAGAUCCUGUGGGGACCCGUCACUGCCUACCAGUAUCGUGUGAUGGGACCAGGGAAAUGGGAGGGGGCCCGCAGAGCAAUCUUCACCCAGUUUGACCGCAUGUUCCAACCCCUGAAAACCAGAAAGGUGGAUGAGGAUCAUCCUUCCAUCACUGCUCGACUGUUUAAGCUGAGCGUGACAGUCAUGGCUGGAGGUGCCGCUGUCUACUACAUCCAUGUCCGCAACCCCAACACCAUCCCCACCCUCAUCUCCAACCUUCGUCCACAAGCAGUCUGAGCAUGCUUAACUUGAAAAGGGUAGUCUGAAACCUGACUAUUAUAAUGUUAUUGUUUAAGCAUCGAUCUGGGUCAGUCUACUGCCAUGUGGGUUGUGACUGCAAUGAUGAUGAAAUCUGUAUCCCAAACUAAGCUGUGAUCUGUACUAUUAAUAUUGUCUGUGCAUGCAUGUACACUAUUUAAACAUUUAAACCUUAUAUAUUGAUUAACUGAAUCUGUUCUUAUGCUCCUUUGUAAUUACUAAAAGUACAAAGAUACUUCUUUACAAAGUGUGCAACUUAAUGUGACCAUGAAUGUGGAGUGUUUUUCA